UCCAUUUGGUCACAUGACCCGGAAGCACCGUGAACAUGGCGGCUCGCGGUGAGAGUCCGGAGAGCCGCGUGAGGAGGAGACGUCUCGACGGCAGGAGACAGCCGGAGACAGAGUCCUCUGACAGCGGCGGGGAACAUGGAGCCGACACUGCGGGCGGAGCCUCGGACACACAAGCCGGACUCGAGUCGCUGCAGACCGGGACCUACUGGCUCAGCCGCGUCGUGCUGCUGCGCUCCGUCGCCUUUAUUUACUUGGUGGCAUUCAGCGUCGCCCACAACCAGAACAAGCAGCUGAUUGGUGAGCACGGACUGAUGCCCUGCAAGGGCUACCUCAACAGUGUGAAGCGCUACGUGGGGGGGAAGAUAGGCAUGGCCGCCCUGGCGUACACGCCGUCCAUCCUCUGGUUCUUUGACUGGGGCGACAUGGAUGCCAACCUGGACGGCAUCGCCCUGGUGGGAAUGGCCCUGUCGGCAUUUGUGCUGGUGACGGGAAUGGCCAACAUGGUGGUCAUGGUUACGCUGUGGGUGCUUUACCAUUCGCUGGUCAACGUGGGACAGCUGUGGUACUCCUUCGGUUGGGAGAGCCAGCUGUUGGAGACGGGCUUUCUGGCCAUUUUCCUGUGUCCGGUUUGGACUCUGUCCCAGGUCCCCCGCCACUGUCCCCCCUCCCUCAUCUGCAUCUGGACCUUCAGAUGGCUCAUUGUCCGCAUCAUGCUAGGAGCUGGUCUCAUUAAAAUCAGAGGGGACAAAUGCUGGGGAGACCUCACCUGCAUGGACUACCACUACGAGACCCAGCCAGUUCCCAACCCCAUGUCCUACUACAUGCACCACUCCCCAUGGUGGGUCCAUCGCUUCGAGACACUGUCCAACCACUUCAUCGAGCUCGUCGUCCCCCUCUUCGCCUUCCUGGGCAGGCGGAUGUGCAUGGUCAACGGAGCAAUCCAGAUCCUGUUCCAGGUGGUACUGAUAGUGAGUGGGAACCUCAGUUUCCUCAACUGGCUCACCAUCGUUCCCAGUCUGGCCUGUUUUGACGACGCAUCCCUCGGCUUCUUGUUUCGCUCUGGAGGCGGAGCCAAGAAGGCUGUGCUGGAGAUACAGAAUGAGGAGGCAGCUGGACGUACCUCCAACCCCACCAAAGGCAUGUUGAUUCGACGGGUGGUGAACAUUUGUUUGGGCAUCCUGAUUGGCUGCCUGAGCGUCCCAGUGGUGAUGAACCUGUUGAGCUCCAGGCAGGUGAUGAACACGUCCUUUGACCCACUGCGCAUCGUCAACACCUACGGGGCCUUUGGCAGCAUCACAAAGGAACGUACCGAGGUGAUUUUCCAGGGCACCCUGAGUCCUGAUCCCAAGGACCCGGAUGCGGUUUGGGAGGAAUACCAGUUCCUGUGUAAGCCAGGGGACGUUUAUCGCCGACCAUGUCUCCUAUCACCGUAUCAUUACCGACUGGACUGGCUCAUGUGGUUUGCUGCCUUCCAGACCUAUGAGCAGAGUGAGUGGGUGAUUCACAUAGCAGGACGUCUGCUCUCCAACGACAGCACCCUCCUCUCCCUACUCGACCACAACCCCUUCCAAGACAGAGACCCCCCCAGGUGGGUGCGAGGGGAACAUUUCAGGUACAAGUUCACCCAGCCAGGCAGCGACAGCGCAGCGCAGGGGAAGUGGUGGCUGAGGAGACGCAUCGGAGCCUACUUCCCUCCACUGGACCUGGAAGGACUCAGGGGCUACUUCCAGUCCAGGAACUGGCCACACCCACAUAUACCACCAUACAGGAGUUAAAGACACAACCUAUCCCAACGGCACCUUAAAGGGAAUCCGAGGACGACACCAGCUGGUGUCUGAAAGAGGUCAGUUUCAGCACAACUCUGCUGGAGAUCAAUAACUGUUACCAGGGAAAAUCCAAGGACGAUUUUUGAGUUUGUCAUUGAGAACUGCUCAAUAAAAUGUUUUCUGAAAUUAAAACAUCCUGACAUUUCCCCCCUCAAACAACGUGAUGAUUUUUUAAGAUUGAAUCUAGUGAUCAUUAUUAAUAUAAUCAUGACUGUCAGUUACGUGAUAAUCAAAGAGUAGAUGGCGCUGGAAUUUGAUAUCUGGGAUUUGACUGUUGUCAGAACGAGCACAGGCAGGCGACUGAAUCAGGUGGAUUAAAAAAAAUAAAUAAACUGAGUUAAACUGGUUAACCCUAACCCAAGAUGAAAAAAGUGGAAAGCCGGACUGUUGAAUAGAGAUAUUUUCCCCCGUAUUUACUAAAUGAUGCCUGUAAAUAUUGACCCCGUUUAUUAUUCUGUUUAAAGCUGCAAAGUGUAAGGAGAAAGGACAUAUGGGACAUAUGAACAGCCUCAGCAACAGAUUUAUCACGGCUGAAUUAAUACUGCAUCACUGGCCUGUGAAAUCACUUUUUUUUAGCCUCACAUACAGCCCUCCUCUUACAAGAUUAAUAAAUGCCUGCUCCAGAUCCAAA